AUGGCAGAAAAUGUUGUAAUCGAUGCCUUGCCUUAUUUCGAUCGAGGAUACGACGAUCCGGGAGUCAGGGAAGCAGCAAUGGAGCUGAUUGAAAGGGAGAUGCACAAGUUUCCACCAACCAAAAACUACCUUGAGCAUUUGCCAGCUCCAGAUCACGACAAGUUUUUAACCCCGCUGAUGAAGGCAGAACUCGCAAGAAUAACGUCGAAGAAGCCAAUGGAACUGAUGCAGACUGAACGAUACACUCUCCCUGCGCCUACUCCUGGGUUGCGACACGACCCAGAAGCCUGGAAUAAAGCAGUCGAAAACUCAAAGGCUCAGCUGCAGCACCAGUUGGUUCGUAUUGAAAACUUGGAAUUAAUGGCUGAUUACGGCGCCCAAGCCUGGUUGAAAUACAACGAAACUCUCAACCAAAUGGUCUCCGAUGCACAGAAUAAACUUCAACAGAUCAGAAAAGACAUCCAAGAAGUGAACUGGCAGCGAAAAGACACUCAGCAACGCGCUGGCCAGACACUUUCGCGUCUUGAAAACGAAUGGGCCACGCUUGUCCACAAAAACUACGAGAUCGAAGAAGUACUCAUCAAGCUAGAAAACGAAAAGAACAACAUGAAAGCUGGACGAAGCGUCAAGAAGCAAUUCGGCUUCUAA